AUGUUACGAAUGAUUCACUGUCGUUACAAUUUGUGUCUUUUCUUUCUUUUCUUUUGCGUCUCACUGCCGCAAGGGCAUUUGUUGACCACAAAUACACACAGACAUACGGAGGCGGUUCUUGUGUGCUUCUGUUUGCCCGUCUGUUUCUGCGUGUGCUUGAUACGCGAUUACUUGCUCUCCCUUCGUACUAGCGCAGUGAUGAUUCGGAUCUGUCUUGUGCUCCGCCUGACGGUGCACUCCCCGCGCGGGUUGCAGUUUCAGGUUGGCGCCGAUGAAGCGGUUGCGCAUAUUAGGCGGAAGUAUGGCAGUCGUUGGCUUGGCGCCUCGCAGGAGUUUUUGAACCUUGGAAACCCCUCAGCAGAGUUUCUUCCCUUCUACUACUGUCAAGGAACUGUUCAUGGCAUCUUUCGUGGCACAGUGAGUUAUAGCGACAGUACGGCCGACUCGAAAGGCAACAUGCACAGCGGCUCCCGUCACACGACAACAGCGCCACAGCCGCUGAAUACUAUCUUUGGCCCAAACCAGACGCAGAUAUACGCAGGGUACAAGUAUAACAUCCGCCAUGUACACACGGCGCUGCGCAAUGAGGAGAAUCCAUUGUACCUGCGCAAGAUGAGUAUGGUGGAUGCAACGCAGGCCACGAUUAAUCUCUUUGAGCAGUCCACAGCAACGCUAAAGCUGUUCGUGGAGGAAGAAGUAAAGCGACAGGCGACAGAGACGGCACGUGCGAUCAUUCGUUCCUUUCAUCCCGGGGCUUCGACUAUAGGUGUGGAGUUUCUCGAGUUGAAUAUUCGACUAGAGGAGGUCACUCCCGUCUUUGUCCCAUGUUACGUGGUGAAGGCGCAGUAUGAUAGACAAGAGUACACGUUGUAUGUGAGUGGCACCAACGGCACGGUGAGUGGGCCCUUUCUGAUUAACGCGCUGUACGCCGCUCGGCUCUCCGCAUUGAGUGUGGCAGGAAUGUUUAUUUUAUUAUGGCCUAACAAAGUCACAGGCCUGGCAUUGGGUUCACUGAUAUCCGUGCCGGUGUACUACAUUGCUUUCUACGCCGCAAAGAUGUUCCCAUCACGUCGUCGUGAUUACUUCCGGUGGCAACGAAAGAAACUACGCAUGCAGCAUGAAGAAAAGGACCGUGACGGCUUCCGUCCACACGUGUCUUCGAAACGUGUCGAGGAAGAAUAUCGUCGAUCAUCGUACUGGGAUACGCAUGCGUUUCAAAACCGGCAACACUCCUCUGGUCCUGUGAGGGAUUCACGUGGCUAUUACAGGGCGCUGGGUCUUACAGGGACAGAGUCGGUGAAUGAGAUUCGCUCGGCUUAUCGCAAACGUGUGCUAACAGAGCACCCCGAUGCCGGUGGCUCGUCGGAGCGCAUGGCAAAGUUGAAUGAGGCCUACCGCGUAUUGCGCGACCCGGAGCGGCGGGCAGCGUACGACAUGGGCAACUGA